CGGCCGGGCGGCGGGCGGGGUCCGCCCUGCCUGAGGGACCGAGUGAGGGGCGAGGACAGGCUUCGCUCGGCUGGGCGGCUGGCGGCGGUGAGCCGCAGACGGCUUCCUAACGGGGAAGGCCGGGGCUGGGGGCCUACGGGGGACACCUGGAGAAGAGGCCUCAGGCUCUGUCCUGCAAGCGCGGGUGUCCUCGGCGAGCAUCCCGGUCCUCUCCCUCCGCGGGUGCCCGGCUUAGCGCUGGCCGGCUGGACUCGCCCCUCCGCGCCCCGCUUCGCCUUUGUUUAGUAGCUUAGUCCUUCUGUCGUUCCUGUUGGAGCUUUCCUCUGCUAGCACACAGAGCUGGGGAGGCAAGCCCAGAGUGGAGACGUUGAGAUCAGAGGCUUCUGUGACUAGCAACCGAAGCCAAGCAGCAAGCCUUGAAGACAUGCUCAGUGUUUCUUGACUUAGGGUGAAAGACCUUGAAAGAGCUGGCACUUCUCGCCUCAGCUGCCAUCGUCCCACCCUUCCCAGAGAACCCAGGCUGAAGAGCAGUGCUCCUUCCCUUAUAUCCCUCCGUGGUUGUCCAGAUCAGCGCUUGACUGUUUAUUUUCAAAUCUCAAAAGAACUCCAGUCUCCAGAACUUCAGAAUUUGCUUCUUGCUGCUCUUGAAGGACAGUGACUUAUUACCACAACAGCAGAGUCUGCCAUCUCCAGCAGAUCGCCAGUACCUAUGACAUCAUCACCUCCUUUGUCUCAUUCUGUGAUCUCCUAAAUGCUCAUCUUGUUGGCCUGGGUUCGAUUGGUGGUAUGGAGGGGUGCUGCCUAGCACUGACCUGAGAGUGUGUGUGAGACUCACUGACCCAAUGGACAUCAAAGGCCAGUUCUGGAAUGAUGAUGAUUCAGAAGGAGAUAAUGAAUCAGAGGAAUUUCUAUAUGGAGUUCAGGGGAGCUGUGCAGCUGACCUGUAUAGACACCCACAGCUUGACGCGGACAUUGAAGCAGUGAAGGAGAUCUACAGUGAGAACUCUGUGUCCAUCAGAGAAUAUGGAACUAUUGAUGACGUGGACAUUGACCUCCAUAUCAACAUCAGCUUCCUCGAUGAGGAAGUAUCUACAGCUUGGAAGGUCCUUCGGACAGAACCGAUUGUGUUGAGGCUACGGUUUUCUCUCUCCCAGUACCUUGAUGGACCAGAACCAUCCAUUGAGGUUUUCCAGCCAUCGAAUAAGGAAGGGUUUGGGCUAGGUCUUCAAUUAAAAAAGAUCCUGGGUAUGUUUACAUCCCAACAAUGGAAACAUCUGAGCAACGAUUUCCUGAAGACCCAGCAGGAGAAGAGACACAGUUGGUUCAAAGCAAGUGGUACCAUCAAGAAGUUCCGAGCUGGCCUCAGCAUCUUCUCACCCAUUCCCAAGUCUCCCAGUUUUCCUAUCAUACAGGACUCCAUGCUAAAAGGCAAACUGGGUGUACCAGAGCUUCGAGUUGGACGCCUUAUGAAUCGUUCCAUUUCUUGCACCAUGAAGAACCCCAAAGUAGAGGUGUUUGGUUAUCCCCCCAGCCCCCAGGCAGGUCUUCUGUGCCCCCAGCACGUGGGCCUCCCUCCCUCAGCACGGACUUCUCCUUUGGUCAGUGGUCACUGCAAGAACAUUCCCACUCUGGAGUAUGGAUUCCUUGUCCAGAUCAUGAAAUAUGCAGAGCAGAGGAUUCCAACAUUGAAUGAGUACUGUGUGGUGUGUGAUGAGCAGCAUGUCUUCCAGAACGGGUCCAUGCUUAAGCCAGCUGUCUGUACUCGUGAACUAUGCGUCUUCUCCUUCUACACGCUGGGAGUCAUGUCUGGAGCUGCAGAGGAGGUGGCUACUGGAGCAGAGGUGGUAGAUCUGCUGGUGGCCAUGUGUAGAGCAGCUUUGGAGUCUCCUAGAAAGAGCAUCAUCUUCGAGCCUUAUCCGUCUGUGGUAGACCCAACUGAUCCCAAGACUCUGGCCUUUAAUCCUAAGAAGAAGAAUUAUGAGCGACUUCAGAAAGCUCUGGAUAGUGUGAUGUCCAUUCGGGAGAUGACCCAGGGCUCAUAUUUGGAAAUCAAGAAACAGAUGGACAAGCUGGAUCCCUUGGCCCAUCCUCUUCUGCAGUGGAUAAUUUCUAGCAACAGGUCACACAUUGUCAAACUACCUCUCAGCAGGCAGCUGAAGUUCAUGCACACCUCACACCAAUUCCUCCUGCUGAGCAGCCCUCCUGCCAAGGAGGCUCGGUUCCGGACCGCCAAGAAGCUUUAUGGAAGCACCUUUGCCUUCCAUGGGUCCCACAUUGAGAACUGGCAUUCAAUCCUGCGCAAUGGGCUGGUCAAUGCAUCCUACACCAAACUGCAGCUGCAUGGAGCAGCCUAUGGCAAAGGCAUCUACCUGAGCCCCAUCUCCAGUAUUUCCUUUGGAUACUCAGGAAUGGGCAAAGGACAGCACAGAAUGCCAUCCAAGGAUGAGCUGGUCCAGAGAUAUAACAGGAUGAACACCAUCCCCCAGACCCGAUCCAUUCAGUCAAGGUUCCUGCAGAGUCGGAAUCUAAACUGUAUCGCACUUUGUGAAGUGAUUACAUCUAAGGACCUUCAGAAGCAUGGAAACAUUUGGGUGUGCCCUGUGUCCGACCAUGUCUGCACAAGGUUCUUCUUUGUAUAUGAGGAUGGGCAGGUGGGCGAUGCCAACAUUAAUACUCAGGACCCCAAGAUACAGAAGGAAAUCAUGCGUGUGAUCGGAACUCAGGUUUACACAAACUGAGGGGGCCCCAGCCCUCGUAUCAUCCUGUUCCCCCAGGAUCCAUCUACCCUUGUAAAAGGGCUCAGGAGCAGCAGGUGAGGCUGCCCUGAGAAAUUUCAAGGGGCAAGAAAAGGAUAGAAGAGGCGGCCUUCAUGGUGGAGAUUGAUCCAGGAACCACUCCACAUUUGGAUGGCUCUGACUGACUCCCACCCCUGAUUUGCCCAGUUGACUUCACCCUGUUUGUAAAUAAAACAAUAAAAUGGAA